AUGAAACCUAUCCAUCUUAUCUUCGCCAUAUUUGGCAUCGCUGCCACGGUAGGCAUGCCAUACGAGUUCAAGACCAGUAUCCUCAUUCUUUGCUGAUUAUUAGAACACAGGCUCCUGCGAUGCCUUAUGCACCAGUCCGCACAGCACUGCCAUCUCCACAAAACCUCUACGAUUCUUUGAUUAGACCUGAUACCACGCUGCAAAAACGAGAACCACCGAAAGCUGAUGGGGAGGGCAAUACUGUAAAGACAAAACUCUCCACAAACUCUACAAGGUAG